GCUGAUCAAAUAUGGGCUGCUUUCUUUAUUUUCAUCCUGGGUUUCAUGGCUCCAAGAAAAAGCCAAAGAUUUUCUUCUCUUGAAUUUCCAUCUGUUUUUCUUCAUUUUGUUUUCUUGGUUUCUAAUUUCUGAGUCAAUAUCUGGCAUUUCUAUCUCAUUUGGAGAAAACCCAUUUCAGAUAAUCUGUCACUAGGCUCUUGUUGAGUUGGGUUUCUUCGAUAAGCUCUACUGCUGAAAGAUUGUUUGGAGAUUUUCCCGAAGGAAGCAGCUUUUAGCUGUUUUGAGAUUAUUAUUGUUAUUUUUUUGCGUUCUUUUGGGGUGUCUUUACGAAGAUUUUAAAAUGGGUUGGUCUUAAUAUUCUAUAAAAAAAAAAUGCUUUUAUAUUGAGUUGGGUUUCUUCAGCAGGAUCUAGUGUUGGAAGACGGUGGGGGAGAUUUCAUCAAAAGAAGCAGCUUUAAGGUGUUUUGAGAUGUUCUUUGGGGCGGUUGAUGAGGAUUUUGAAAUGGGUUCUUCUUAGAUAUUUCCCACUAGUUGAGUUUUUCAGUUGUUGUUUGAUUUCCAAGAGAGAGGAGACAUGGAAUGGAAGUACAGAGGAAAGAAUAUCUUUUUCAUUGAUUUUUAGCUUCUUUUCCCAGCGUUAAUGGUGGAAAGCGGCCAGCAAAGAUAGAAUGAAAUGGGCUCUAGAUAGAAAUUAGAGAGAGAGAGAGAGAGAGAGAGAGAGAGAGAGAGAGAGAGAGAGAGAGAGAGAGAGAGAGAAUGCCAACAGUUUGGUUUGCUUUGAAGAGAUCUCUCCACUGCAAAUCCGAGCCGUCAGAUGUGCAUGAUCCAAAGACCAGGAGCCAUCUAAGCGCCAUCCUCACAAAGAAGACAGGCAGGUCUGGAUGUUCAAGGUCCAUCGCCAACCUCAAAGAUGUAAUCCAUGGGAGCAGCAAGAGGCACUUGGAGAAGCCCCCAAGCUGCAGCCCAAGGUCUAUUGGGAGCAGUGAGUUCCUCAACCCAAUCACACAUGAAGUCAUCCUCAGCAACUCCAGAUGUGAACUGAAGAUAACUGGCUAUGGGGGGUGCAACGAAUCAGAUAGUGGUGGGUCUACGUUUGUUGGUACACUUAGGCCUGGUACACCUGGCCCUGGGGGGCACCAAACCUUACACUACAAUCCAGCUUACAGGGGUGGUGGUGCUGCUACCCCUCCAAGGAAGGCUACUCCUGGCUUCCUUUCAGAUAGAGAAGUCCCUAACUUUGGAGGCUCUGCUAUUUCAAAUGCUGUUUCUAGUGGUGGUGGUGGAGUUGCUGCUGUUUCAUCAGCUCCAAGAGCUUCUCAUGAGGCUGAUUCAAAUGGAUCUUCUUCUAUUGUGAGUUGCCAUAAGUGUGGAGAGCAGUUUGGGAAAUGGGAAGCUGCAGAAGCACAUCAUCUCUCCAAGCAUGCUGUUACCGAACUUGUCGAAGGUGACUCAUCUAGGAAGAUCGUUGAGAUCAUAUGCAGGACAAGCUGGUUAAAGUCUGAAAAUAACUGUGGACGGAUUGAGAGGGUGUUAAAGGUCCACAACAUGCAAAAAACACUUGCUCGAUUUGAGGAAUACAGGGAGAUGGUAAAGAUCAAAGCCAGCAAACUGCCCAAAAAACAUCCACGUUGCCUGGCUGAUGGCAACGAACUGUUGAGAUUCUAUGGCACUACGAUCACAUGUUCUCUGGGCAUGAAUGGCUCUUCUAGCCUCUGCUUAUCAGAAAAAUGCAGUGUCUGCCGGAUUAUAAGAAACGGGUUUUCAGCAAAGAAGGAGAUGAAGGAAGGAAUUGGCGUCUUCACAACUUCAACUAGCGGAAGAGCCUUCGAAUUGAUAGAAAUAUAUGAAGAGAACCCAUCUGUGAGAAAGGCUUUGCUGGUAUGUAGAGUGAUUGCAGGGAGAGUUCACCGGCCAUUGGAUAAUUUGCAAGAACUGGCGGGCCAGACGGGAUUCGAUUCUUUGGCAGGAAAAGUGGGCCUCUAUUCAAAUAUCGAGGAGCUAUAUUUACUCAACCCAAGAGCUCUCCUUCCAUGCUUUGUGGUAAUCUGUAAACCCUGAAAGAAAUCACCUUAUUUCUUGCAGCAUUUUAAGUGAUAAGAAAUGCUAGGGAGCUGCGGCUGUGGGGCUUUUUCAUGGCAAGUGUAGCAUCUGCGUGCGAGAUCGAGGACAUUCAUCAGUUGGGUCCACUGUGUGUUGCUUGGGACCUUUUGUCACCUUCUCAAACUGCCCCAUUUUUGUUAUAUGCAUGGGACCCACCUGAUUUUUGGUCCAUAGACAUUUUCGCAGUGAGCCCCACUCAAUAGAUGGCCCAGAUCUUGCAAAGAAAA